AUGGCGGCCGAGUCAGGCGGGUCCCAAAGCCCAAGCAGCAGGUUCUCAGCCACGCUGCAGUCAAGGGUGCUGCCCGCGGACUCAGCUGACUUCCAGACGUGCCCCUGGAAAGAAGGGUCCCCCGCAGCCAGCAGGGAGCAGUCCAGUGACACAGGACACAGAGAUUCCAAAAAAGACUCCUCCUGGGAGCUCCGCCCACCCCGUCCAGAGGUCCCGGACUCACCCCCAAGGGACCAGCCAGGGCAAACUUACGGGCGAUUCCAGGGCUACAAGCUGUCAGCACAGCUCCCUCCGCCCGGGCUCCAGGGGCCUAUUUCCCCAUCUCAUUACCGGAAGCGGUCCCCAACCUCCGCCCCAUCCUGCGACCCGGAACUGCGACCCAGGUCUGACCAGGACCGGCGGGCGGUUGCCGGAAGCGCUCCUCCCAGGCCCCGCCAAGGAUUCAUGUGGGAAGAAACCGUUGCAGAUAUAAUCAACCUGGGAGCAUGUUUAGUCAUUCAUCAAGAUUCAGUACAGAAACCUUACCAAUGUAAGGAGUGUGGCCAUGUCUUUAACCAGUUCUCCAUCCUUACAGGACAUCAAAGAAUUCAUACUGGAGAGAAAACUUACCAAGAAAAAGAAGGUGGCAAGUCCUUUAUCUGGCUCUCCUCCCUUUCAGGACAUCAAAGAAUCCAUACUGUAGAGAAACCUUACAAACGUCAACAAUAUGGUAAGACCUUUCGGCAUCAUUCACAAAUUUCUGAACAUCACACGGUUCAUGCUGAGGAGAAACCUUACCAAUGCAAAGAAUGUGGCAAGGCCUUUAACUGGCGCACAGCCCUUAGGAGACAUCACAGAAUCCAUAUGGGAGAGAAAACUUACCAAUGUAAAAAAUGUGGCAAGGCCUUUGUGAACUUCUCAAACUUGACACAACAUCGCAGAAUUCAUACUGGAGUGAAACCUUACCAAUGCCAAGAAUCUGGCAAGGCCUAUACGCGACAGUCAAGCCUUACCAAACAUCACAGAAUUCAUACUGGAGUGAAACAUUACCAAUGUAAAGAAUGUGGCAAGGCUUUUGGGUCCUUCUCAAACUUGAAACAUCGCAGAAUUCAUACUGGACUCAAACCUUACAAAUGUCAAGAAUGUGCUAAAUCUCUUAUCUGGCACUCAGUCCUCAAGACACAUGACAGAGUUAAUAGUGGAGAGAAACCUUACCAAUGUAAAGAAUGUGGCAAGGCCUUUAGCUGGCUCUCAGCCCUUACAGUACAUCACAGAAGUCAUACUGGAGGAAAACAUUACCAAUGUAAAGAAUGUGGUAAAGCCUUUUACUGGCACUCAGCCAUUAUGUUACAUCAGAGAAUUCACAGUGGAGAGAAACCUUACCAAUGUAAAGAAUGUGGCAAGGCCUUUAACCAGAAAUCAAACUUUAAACGACAUAAAGUAAUUCAUACUGGAGUGAAACCUUACCAAUGUAAAGAAUGUGGCAAGGCCUUUACCUGGUCAUCAGUCCUUAAGAUACAUCACAGAAUUCAUAGUGGAGUAAAACCUUACCAAUGUAAUGAAUGUGGCAAGGCCUUUUACUGCCCAUCACAUCUUGAUGUACAUCACAGAGUCCAUACUGGAGAGAAACCUUACAAAUGUAAUGAAUGUGGCAAGACCUUUAACCAGAAAUCAUACCUUAAACAACAUAAAGUAAUUCAUACUGGGCAGAAACCUUACCAAUGUAAAGAAUGUGGCAAAACCUUUAACUGGCAAUCAGCCCUUAAGGCACAUCACAGAAUUCAUAGUGGAGAGAAACCUUACCAAUGUAAAGAAUGUGGCAUCGCCUUUAGCUGGCUCUCAGCCCUUACAGAUCAUCACAGAAUUCAUACUGGAGUGAACCCUUACCAAUGCAAAGAAUGUGGCAAGGUCUAUACGCGAUAUUCAAACCUUAGCAAACAUCAUAGAAUUCAUACUGGAAUGAAACCUUACCAAUGUAAAGAUUGUGGCAAAGCCUUUAACUGGCAAUCGGCCCUGAAGGCACAUCACAGAAUUCACAGUGGAGAGAAACCUUACCAAUGCAGUGAAUGUGGCAAGGCUUUCAUCCGGCCCUCAGCCCUUACAGUACAUCACAGAAUUCAUACUGGAGUGAAACCUUACCAAUGUAAGGAAUGUGGCAAAGCCUUUAACUGGCAAUCGGCCCUGAAGGCACAUCACAGAAUUCACAGUGGAGAGAAACCUUACCAAUGCAAAGAAUGUGGCAAGGCCUUCAUCCGGCCCUCAGCCCUUACAGAACAUCACAGAAUUCAUACUGGAGUGAAACCUUACCAAUGCAAAGAAUGUGGCAAGGCAUAUCCGCGACAGUCAAGCCUUACCAAACAUCACAGAAUUCAUGCUGAAGACUGACUUUACCAAUGUAAUGAAUGUGGAAAGGCCUUUUCCCCCACGAGGCACAUCUUAAUGUACAUCACAGAAUCCAUCUUGGAGAGAAAGGUUACCAAUGUCAAGACUGUGGGAAGACC